CGCUACGCCGUCCUCUGCGGGCCCAGGCAGUUCGCUGCCUACCUGAGAGAUAUGGGCGUGCUUGUCCUGGAGGUGAUGACCAAACGUGACCGUCUUCCAGUCGGCAGAGUGCAGAUCACCAGCCUCUCCCAGCUCUCUCCCAGCCGUCCCAUCGAUGGGGUUUUCGAUGUAGUUUCACCAACAUCUGAUAAGCUGGGGGAGCUGCAGGUCUCGCUAGUUCUCGAACCUCUGCCAGAACUGUACGACACCAGCAGCUCUGUCCCGACCACAGAUGCGAGUUUAGAUACCGCUGCUGCUCCGGGGAGCAGCAAGCCCCGGUGUCUUGCUCCAUCCCAGCAGUCCAAGCAAACACGGGUGGCUAUUGCUGACCAAGAGUCCGUUCGCAAUAGCGGAGGCACAACUCCCAGAGGAAAGGACCGUUUGCUGCUGAAGGAGAACUCUGAAAACAUAAAGAACGCUUUCGCGGCCUCUCAGCCCCGUCUGAUUUUACCGGAUGAACGUUGGGAAGUGAAUCCUUCCAAGCAGCACGUGUGGUUUCCCGCCAGCCCUGACCCUGAAGCACCUGCUAGAGCAAACACACGGGCGCUCUCUUUGCAGAACCCAGCCACCAGAGACCUGCUUUCAGCUCUUCUGGAUCAAGGCAAUAAACUCCGCGAUGCCAUGGUUGUUUCUGCAAUGAAGUCUAGCCCCGACAUGGAGAUUGAACUGAAUGAAGUGCCUGCUUUUAGAGAGAGAGAGGAUUUCAAAGCAAAGAGCCCAAAAGGCUUGAACCCAAAUUUUGUGCCUCCUCCUGAAGGUCCCCAGCUCUUCACAUCCGAAGUUUCGGGUCAGCCGUUUGACCUCACCUCUGAAGAGAGCGCGAUACGGUUGCUGUUGGGCAGUGCUGAUUUCUCUCCUGUGCGCUUCUGGGAUCGGACAGGUUCCCUUUUGGAUUCUCUCUCCCUCGGGAGUGAGGUGUGUGACAGUGAACUCAACGACCCCCACUAUGACCAGAGUCUGCUAGAGAGGCUUUUUUACACGGCGCCUAAAUCUGAUUCCAGUUUAAGUGAUUUCCUCAGUGACGAUGACGUUAACGCCUUCAAAAAAGUCACGCAGGCAGAAGCUCGCAAGAAAGCUGACCCAGUGAGUCCACAGAAGGAUUCUAAUGCCUUUGACCAGGAUCAGAAGGUGACAGAAGUUAACCCCAGCAGCUCCCCUGCUAGACCCCUUGCUCCUCCCGAAGAUGGCGAGGAAGAAGCUCACGUCCCAGCCUUGGGUGCAGGCAGGUUGGCGGUGCUGCAGCGGAUACACCUAGCCAGAGUCAUCGUUGAAAGCUUGAAAAUCCCUCCUGAGAGCAUCCAGAUGACGCCAAAAAAGAAAGGUUUCAUGGGAAAGCCUCCAAGGCCCGCGUCGGUUCCUAAGUGUACCUUCUUUGUGGAGUAUCAUUUUCCUGUGGGAGCCUCCAAGGAUGAAAAAGGACAGAUCUCCCUGACAACAGAAGUCAUUCGAAUAGCUUCAAGUAAAAUCGCAGAUGAUGCGGUGACGUUUCAGCAGCGGUUUGUGUUCCCUGUCCGUUUCGGUGGGACGAUGAUCGAGCACUGGUGGAGCUCUGACCUGGCUUUUAAAAUCUACAUGAGAAAAAGCACACAGAGAAAGGCAGUGGCCGUGGGCUCGGCAGCGCUUGAGCUGUGCAAGGUUAUUCAGUCGGAGCUGCUCACUGUCAGCUGUGAAAUCCCUGUGGAAAAAGAGAGAGGUCAGACCCAAGUUGGACCCCUAAAGGUAUCCUUAGAGCUCGCGGCCGACAACAAAGACUUCACCCGCACCGCUGCCAGGUCCCCUGCGGCCGCGCAGCGCGUCCCGGCUCAUGCCGUGAGGAGUCCCCGGCUGGAAUUCCGGGAGCCCAACUGCAAGGGUGUGGAGCCCAACUGGAAGGGUGUGGAAGCAGAAAGCCCUCGCUGCUGGCAGCUUCCCGACCAGGAGGGCUGGCAGAAGGCAGGAGCAGCCGGCGCCAACCCCCUGCAGCCGCCGCAGGCUGCGCCCGCCCCCGCAGCCCCGAAGCUGAGGACGCAAAGAGCCGCGGCCGAAGAAGACGGGGUGUUACUGCACGUGCUGCUGAUGGUGCCUGAGGGAAAGGACUUUGUGGCUGAAGACUCUGGGCUCCCCAGGCCUUGUAACGUGUAUUUAACCUGCAAGCUGCUCAGCACCGAGGAGGCGACGAGAUCUGCUGUCGUAUGGGGCGCGACCCAACCUGCCUUUCAUUUUUCUCAGGUGAUGCCUUUUUCCUUGACUUCCGAGCGCUUGGAGCGGCUGAAGAACAACGUCAUGAUUAUUGAGGCAUGGAACAAGAUGGGAAGCCCUGGCUGUGACAGGCUGCUGGGAUUGGUGAAACUUCCUCUGCAUCAGUUCUACAUCUCGUUCAAAGAUCCAAAGAUUUCCCACCUGCUUCUUCAGGCUCAAUACCCAGUGGUUGCUGUGGACAGCUACAUGCCUGUGAUCGAUGUGUUUACCGGCAGCAGAAGGGGAAGCCUGAGGGUCGUUCUGGCCAUGGGGUCAGCUGAUCAGAUCGUGGCGCUGCAGAGGCUGAAAAGGGAAGAAGGAAUGGUGCCUCCCGUCACACAGCGCCCUUCCCACUUCUUGGACCCUCCUCCUGCAAAGCCCAUAAUGCAGUUAGACCAAGAAGGGGAAGACCUGAUAGUGCAUGUGUUUGAGAUCCGUGUGGAGAGCGUGAAAGGACUCACUCCCUUACAGUCCACCGUCUGGGGGGAGGCCGACUGCUACGUCCAGUACAGCUUCCCCGUUCAAGAGCCUGGUGGUGGCGCCCUGCAAGGAACUGAAUUGCAUCAGGCUG